UCUAGUCACAUGGUCUGUUCCUUUGAAACCUGUUACGCCUUUAGGAGAAAUAGAUGUAUUAAAUGUGAAUCAAAUACAAUACCAUAGACAUAUUAAAAACUGAGAAAUGGAUCUGCUCUAUGUUUCUACUGUUGCAGCGAUUCUAUUCAGUAUUUUGGUGAUAAGUCUACGAUAUUUGUCGUUAUUAAGAUGGAUAAGUGGUCGUGCCUAUGUGUUUAGCAAGAUUGAAGGAAGGUUGACAUCAAAGGAUGUUUUAGAUCUUUUAAAAUUUUCAAAGCCAUUUCCAGUAUCCUGUCAGAAGGGUUGGAAGAUUGAUAGCUUCUCUCAUGGACAUCGAGUCUGGUUUCAUUUUCUCACUCAGCCCGAUGGUCAUCAAGUUCUCAACAAUGUCAAAGUUUAUGGAGCUUACAGUAAAGUCCGUGCUUCCUCACAGUUUGUUCUUCAGUUGUUAAAAGACAUUUCUUUAACUUGUGAAUGGAAACCUGGCGUCAUAGCAACGUCCUUCGUCCUCACCUCAACAACGCCGCAAGAAACUCCAACCAAAUCCAGAACAACGCCUCAUGUACAUCAUGAUAUUAUCAAGGAAGAAAAGGUUUAUCGUAAAUCAACAUGGCUAAAUCAGCCAUCUUGGGAGUCACUUGUUACACAGACAGUCACCGAAGAAUACAGUCGGUAUUCUAAUCGUGAAGAGAAUGGAUGCUGUUGGUUGUUACAAAUAAAUGAAGCUGGACAGAAAUGGACAUUUUAUCUCGCUCAGCCUGUAGAAGGUUGGUUUGAAACUGACCAAUGUAUGUUAUCAAUCAUCAGCCAUUGUGGACAAGAAGAUGAAACAAAAUCAAGCAGUUAUUCUGCUAGAAAUUUAUCAGCAUUAGAGGAAUAUUUAAUUAAUCGAAAACUUGUGGGAACACCGCUAUCAACACUCACAAUGCCAAGUCCAGCUCAAAUAGAAACUAAGUCAGAGCCAAACGGCUCUGUCGAUCAAAUUGACGGGACAAAACGAAAUCCAACACGUUUUCUCACGCGUGUUCGUUCUUUCAUGUCAGGAAACUCGGGAAAACUUUUAGAACUGCAAAAAUCAGAGUUAAAACGAUACAAUUCUAUAUUACGAUAUCGUUCAUCUAGUUUACAGCGAGAUGAGGGAAGUAGCAGCGUGAAAAAAAAAGAGCCUUUAGUGAGAAGCAGUAGUAAUGAAUCUAGUCAAGACCGCGAUGAUCUAGCCACCAAUAUAAGUAGAACAGAUCAAGCAGACGUAGAUAGUAAUGUAUCAGCCAGUGAAACAGAUGGAUCUCAAACUAAAUCUAUUCCUUUGACUAGAUCACCAUCAGAUCCAAGCGAAAGUCAGUAUAAAACAUUAGCUAAUUUUGCUGCAGGAGAGAUAAUGGCUGAAGCGUUGAAAGCCUCUAAUAUAGAACUAGAUAAAUCUGUUGAAGAACAAGCUGAAUCAUCUAAUGGUUGGGUAUUUACUGGUAUAGAGAAUGAUAUUGUUAUGUUAAAGAAAGUUUUUAAAGAACCCUGUACAGUUCAGUGUUAUAUGGGUAAAGGUUUAAUUCAAGCUCCACCUAAAAUAGUCUGGGAGAAUCUAAAAAAUCCACGAACAAGAUUUACAUAUGAUGAGACUUUAAAGAAAGUCGAUAUUUUAGAAAAAAUCUCUGAUAGAAUGAAAAUAGUUUAUCAGUAUCAUGAAGUACAACAGUUAUUACGUAAAGAUUGUUGUGAGAUGUGUGUUUUACAGAGUGAGAGAAAAGACAGUGAAAAGUAUACUCUCUCAUAUCAAACUAUAGAUUAUAAACCAACUGAACCUUCAAGUGAAUCAUGUAUUAAACCUACGUUAUUACCGAGUGGUUGGAUCAUAGAACCAGCAAGAAAAGAUAAAAGAGUUUAUUCUAUUGUAACAUACUUGAUGCAGAUGGAUUUUGGUCCAAGGAAAGCAAAUUCAGAUAAAUUUCCAUUUGAAGAUAUGAUCAGUAAACAACCAUUGGCUAUUUUUCACCUUCAACAGUAUUUACAACCAGCUGUCAUGUUAGCGCGACAAGUUACUAUCUAGUUAAAAGUAUUCAUAUUGUUUACAUUGUAAACAAGCUUUAUUAUUCUUUGUUGAGGCACCAUUUUGUUUGCCCAGAAGGAACGUAGAUAAACUGGUUAUUAUUUCCAGUUGAUUCUAAUAAACAUUUAAGAAGUGUUGUCAUUGGUUCAGAGUUCAGACAAAUGCAAGCUUUAUUUUGAUUGAUGAACUUCUGGAUGAUUUUAUCAUUAAGAUUCAUCAUCAUUAUUAGGCCAAUAAUUUGUGAGAUCCAAAAGAAAAUCUGCGGAUUGGUUGAUAUCAUUUGUCAUAUGACACCUUUCUUUUUUCUGUGAUAUAUUAUGUCAUUAUCCUCGUUUUCCACCUAUAUUUUUGCUACUUUUUAAUUUUUUAGAAAGUGCGUUCAGUUUUCCGUCUUCCUUGUUUCAUAUAUGUUAAAGUGUGUUCACUGUAUUUUCACAUUUUGUCAGUAGAAUUAUUAACAGAAAAUAAUGGGCCAAUAGUGGCCUCUCUUAACAAUAAGUAAAACUAGAUUUUAGAUGAUGGUUAUAAGUUCCAUACAUGUAUACCAAUAUACACACCAUUUGAUAUUAGAUGCUAUUGUAUUUAGGAUCUUUAAAUUCCAUUGUUUUUGUCCCCCACCUUUCGAAGAAAGCAGUGGACUAUUAAAAUGGGUCUGUUCAUCUGCCUGUCAACUUUUUAAGACACAAUAACUCUUCUUCUAAUUGAGCUAGAAUGUACAAACUUGGUGUAGGUGUUUAUUAGGUGAAUGCUUUGAUGAAGCUUAAAGAUGAGCAUUUUUGCUUAGGGUAAGCAGAGAUAAGCAAUUUGAUUGAUGGAGACUUUGUAGCUCGAUAACUUUGAUUCUAAUUGAGUGAGAGUUGUGAAACUUUGUGUAUGUUUCCUUACAUCAGUACCUUGACUAAGUUACAUAAUGAUCAUUUUCUGCUAAGCGUUAGCCGAGAGGUAAGCAAUUUGAUUGGUUGAGACUUUGGAGGUCAAUAACUUUUAUUCUAACUGAUGGAGAGUGAUGAAACUUUGUGUAUAGUUUCAAAACCAGGUACUUCAGAACCUUGAUAGAGUUUGGUCGUGAACAUUUUAUGCUUAGACCAAGUAUAGUUAAUCAGUUUGAUUACACAAUACUUUUCAAAAAGAUAAAAUUAAAAGUGUAAUUAAUUAAUAUGUGUCAUCUAUUUAUUUUGGGAUUGCGGCAGGGGACAUCAGCCUUACUGUUUGCUUGUUAUUAUUCUUUUAAAUGUCAACAUUAUUAUAGUCGUUCAUUAUCAUUCUUAUAGUACUACUGUCUAUCAUUACCAUUCUUAAUAGUUCUGCUGUCUAUCAUUCUCAUAGUACUACUGUCUAUCAUUAAUACUCCCACUACUACUCUCUAUUAAUCAUCUUAUCAGACACUAUAAAUCAUUAUUAGCAUUACUACAAACUAUCAACCAUUACUUUUAUUACAACUUUCUAUCAAUCAUUUUUAUGACUAUCCUCUUUUUAUUAUAUAUACUACAAACCACUGUCUAUUAAUCAUUAUUAUCAUUACUACUACUUUCUGUCUAUUAUUUGCAUUACUACUUUCUAUCAAUCAUUUCCAUAUUAGUUAUCCUUACUUCUGCUCAUCCCCUAUUUAUUAUUACCAUUACUAUUACUAUCAUCUAUUAUUUUCAUUACCUGUCUACUACUGUCUAUCACAUAUUAUUUUAUUAUUCCUAUGUUUAUUGGUAUUAUUCCUACAGCUUGACAUUUGUAAUAAUUAUCAUAACAUUGUUGUUAUUAUUUCCUUUGUUGAUCUACCUAAUGUCUGUCCUCCAGUAUGGCCACUAUCAGUAUACAAGUAUUUAUUUUUGUCAGACAUUAGCUUCAUGGAUAUUAUUAUGAUGGCUGUUUUGCAACCUUCAUGACAGUAUUUUUUGUGUCAACAAUAGCUUAUCAUGACAGUUCUUUUGUUUUAAUAAAUAUUUAUGAUUAUGUGAUUUUAUGCUGUAUGAUCUUUCUUUUGUUUUAAAAUAAUACUCAACUUUUAUAACUUUCUAUGAGUCAAUUUAUAUUUAGUUUACAAUUGAUGUAAUGUAUGAAAUGUUAUUAAGGAUUAUUAUUUUAACAUAGUUUUAAACAUUGGAAUUGAGUGUAAUUGGAUUUGUUUAUUUUGUGAAUAUAUUUAAAGCUUGCUGAUUGACAUUUGCAUUUUUCAGACAAUUAACUAAAAUGUACUCAAACUGAUUAUUUAACAUUUAAAAUUGUAAUCAAGAAAACCAAAUCACAAUAUCAAUGGUAGAGCUGUCUUGUCUGACCAUAUAAGCCUUCAUAUCAUAUUAUACAGGAUGCUGUUUGUUAUCAAAUUUUCAGUAAGUACUGAAUGGAAUUGAACCAUUUUUGGACUGAUAUUAUGUUUAAAGAUUCAACUUUCACAAUAUUUUAGUUAACAAGGGAUUAAAAAUCCCUCAAAUGACAAUCACAGACUUUAAUUAUGUUUUCCAAACAAUUUUUAAAAGCAAAAUUUAAGAUUUAUUUAAGAAAUCAUUAGAGAAUUUAAUUUUAAUGUGUGGAGUUUUCAAAUCCCUAGUCAUGUACCGGUAGUUGUUUUUUGUUUUGAUGUUUUUUGUUUGGUUUUACGUGGGUAAUAUUCUUUGUCUUUAUUUUACUAAAAAUUGUAUUUUAAGUUAUUUGUAUGUAAUGGUAACACAGAGUAAAAUGAUAAGACAUUAUAGAUAUAAUUGUUUUAUUAAAGAAGUUUGAAGCUUUCACAGGAUGAUUACCAGGGUUAUUAUUAAAAGGAUAUAGAAAGUAACUAUCGUUGGAAAGAUAGUUCUUUUUUUUUUAUUCUAAGGGUAAUAGUAAUAUUCCAUAGUUUAUAAUGGAUUUGAAUCUGCUGUUAGAAAGUUUAGUACCAUUGUUAAAUCUCUACUACGUCCGCUUAUAUUGUUACUGCUUCAACUCAAACAAAUAUAGUCUGGACAAAUUAACACCCAAAUGUAUACAUUUUUUUGAAAAAUGACCGUCACCUUGGAUAUGGAUUGAAACUUUUCCAGUAAGUGAACACAAAGUUACUAUAUGUACAAUAGAUGCUAUGUUGUUCAGACUAUUGUUUGCUGUACUUGAAGCAAAGACCGUAUGGUAAAAUAGGGUAAAAUAAUUAGAACUACCUUUGUUUUGUUUUUGUAUAAAAGAAAUUGUUAGAUAUUUGCCUCCAGCUUAUCAAUAUACCUCUACAAACAGUGUCCGAAGACAUACUUCAGUGCAAUCAUAGCCACUAACCUACAGUAUUAUUUUUAAAAAUUUGAUUAUUAAAGAUGCAUUAUGUAAGAGCUAAUUCUGCCUAUUGCAGGUCGUCUAGCUACAAAUGUUAUGAGACAUUUAUUCACAUGACAAGCCCAUAAUCAACUCUCCAGGUGAGAGAGAGAGAGAGAAAUGGGGUUUAAGUCCACUCGACACAAACUAGGUCAUUUCGGGACUAAACUCUCUAGCUAAUCAGAUGGCUAAGAUAUUGAGUGGAUUAGACAAUGUCAACCAUAUUAUCAUUGAAGGCUCAAUACCACUCUUGUUGUAACUGAAUAGUAUGUCCCAAUCUUUAUUCUGGUCAACAAAUUGUACUAUUUUAGAAUAUUUCAAUUAAUUGAUGAUACAAAUUUCAUCUUAACACACCUUAUUUAAAAUUUUUGAAAAAUUCAACAUAAUGGUUUGAAACGUCUAACGUAAACCUUUUCAAAUGAAACUUCAAUUUAAAAAUAUUUUCGAGCCCUCUGGACAAGUAAAAUUGGAUGUAAUGGAUAAUUUACACAACAGGUAGGACACUUAAACAUCUAGUACUUAGAUAGAGAUAUUAUUUAUUUUCUGGAGCUUUCAAGCCAGUAAGAGUGUUAUUGUCCAUUUAAGCAUUAAAAUGGACGGCACUCACAGAGACUGUUGUUUGAAAGACUAAAAAUUAAGACUCUUUGUUUUAUUAUUCUAGCACUGGUAAUCAUAAUCAUUACUAUUGUCAAAACUUCAAAAUUCGAUCAAGAAAGGCCAGAUGUUGAUCUCUUAUAUAAUGCAUAUUUAACAACUCUUACAACUAGAAAAUCCUUGAAAAUGGCCCAUUGUCUAGACUGACCAAAGUAUACAUGGUAACUAAAUGAAUAUACCUAAGGCAGAUAUAUUUGACUAUGACAAAACAAAGAAUGUAGAUAUGAUGUUAAUUGUUAUUAAGGUUACUGCUGUUUAUAGAAACCCAAGAAAGUUGGACAUUUUUUGUAAAAUAUUGAUUAUGUAGAGUGAAUAGAUUAAGUGCCUUAUUUUAUUUCAAUGAGACACACAUGUAUGAUUAUAUGAUAUAUUCUGGGUUGAAAAACUUGAUAAACUGUCUCUGCUUUAACUUUGACCCAUGUUACAUUGUAAUAUCAAGUAUUAAAUCAGUGGAGUCUACCAUGUUCAUUUAAUUUCUUAUGUUUUUAAUAUGCUUAUAUAAUAUCUAAAGAAGCUAUAAUACUGUUGACUAAAUCUUUAAGUAUUAUGGUAUGUUAUAUUCUCUUAAUCUUAUAUCAAUCCUGAUCAUUUAAUCAACAGAAUGCUAUAGUCUUUUCUGCUCAAAAGUAAUAAAUGAACAAUAUAUACAUGUAAUACUUUGCUGGAUAGUGUUUACAAUUUCCAAUUCAGAUCAAUGUUAGCCAUUUCUUCUAAGAAAAUUGUAUCUUUUCUAUGAUGUAAAAAAAGAAUUAUUUUAUAUUUAUAGCUUCCUGCAUUAAAUAUUAUUUUUCAAAUGA